GUCUUGUCUUUGCUUUACCUGUCCUGACUUGUGUUCUGUCACUCGUUUUUGUGAUUUUGUCUGUUUUAUUUUAUAUUAUUGACUACAAUAAUUUCUCCUGUGCACUAACUGUGCAUUGAUAUAAAUGUUUGAGUUAUCCUACCGUUAACAUGUUUUCAAUUUUGAAUCCUGAGGCUCCGGAAUUUUAUCCACACCUAAAGGCAGUCACUCAGAAUGGGUUUAAAACAGUCAGCAAGUCGAUACAAGCUUCCAAUUUACUUCCCAGCGGCCAAGGAUACGAAAAUUUCAAAACAUUUACCGAUUUUAACAUAUUGACACGACAACUAGGCAACAAUGUGGUCCAACAAUCCAACAGGAUCAUUGCGACCGAGGACCAGUUUGUCCUAUUCAAGAACGAAGACACGGAACACAAUAUCGAAACUCUAAUCGAUGCUAACGACACGAUAAUAGACCGACUGGACUCCAACUUGGACGUGGCGUCGGGCAUAUCCAAGUUCAAGUUCGCGGAGCCGAGUAUCGCGUCCCCGCAGACGGCUGACCUCACCAGGGUCGCGCCAUGGAAUGUCAGCCCUGUCAUCACUAAGAUCAAGAUGGGCUCGGCUACCUUAAUCGGCGCCAAGAAUAUACCUCGACCGCAAAUACACUUUAAAGAUACUAUUGACAAUUCGGAAAGCUUAUGGGUUCCCAAAAUAUCUGAUAAGCCAAAUAACAUCAAACCUUUGGCGCUCAACAUCCUUUAUAAUGACAAUGGAGAGGCGGUCGGUUAUGAGCACCCUUACAAAGUGGAGUUGGACUUGUACCAUCCCAAGGCCGAGUUGUUGGAGGCGAGCGCCGCGCCGGCCUUUCCUCCUCCGCUCGAAGACACCCCGCUCACUUACAUCGACCAGGAGCAGCAGAUGGACCAGCUCUGCCACCAUCUGCUCACUGUGAAGGAGAUAGCCGUGGACUUGGAACAUCAUUCGUACAGGACUUAUCAAGGUAUAACGUGCCUGAUACAGUUGACUACUGAGGAGGGGGGUGACUUCAUCAUCGACGCGCUGGCUUGUCGCGAACACAUCCAUAAGCUCAACCAGGCGUUUACUGACCCUAGGAUAUUGAAGGUAUUUCACGGUGCUGAAAUGGACAUCAUAUGGCUACAAAGGGACUUCGGUGUAUAUGUGGUGGGACUAUUCGACACCUACCAGGCGGCCAAGGCGUUGCAGCUCUCUGGACUAUCUCUCAAGAACCUGCUCAUGAGAUAUUGCAAAGUUGAUGCUGACAAGAAAUAUCAACUGGCGGACUGGCGUAUUCGGCCGCUGCCCGAAGAGCUGAUGGCGUACGCUCGCGUCGACACCCACUACCUGCUGUACAUGUGGCGGGUCAUGCGCAACGAACUGCUCAAACAGGGUACACCUUUGUUAAUGAGCGUCUUCGAACAAAGUCGUCAGAUUUGUGGAUCGACCUACAACAAGGAGGUGUGCCACGACGAGAGCCACCUGUCCCUGCUGCAGAAGUCUCGCCGGCAGUUCAACUCGCGUCAGAUGGCAGCACUGAAGCUGCUCUACAAGUGGCGAGACUCGCAGGCGCGGGCCUUGGACGAGAGCACUGCCUACCUGCUCCCGAACCACAUGUUGCUGGCGCUGGCGGAGGCGCUGCCGCGCGAGGUGCAGGGCGUACACGCCUGCUGCAGCCCCAUGCCGCCCUUCGUCAAGCAGAACUGCAUCACGCUGCACCGGAUGAUACUCACGUGCCGUGAGCUACCGUUGGAGCCGCAACUCUACCGUAUGCCGGCGAGCAUCAACGCGGUGCUGAACCACGCCGGCGACCGCGCGGGGCCCGCCGCACCCGCAAUGCACGAUCACACUCAGGACCCGGACUUCAGAGACGAUUUGCCGGUGGCGCUGACGAUGGAGGAGGCAUUCUUGGUCGACCCCAACGCAGUGUCGCAGUUCACUACCGACCUGAAGCUGUUUGUGCCAUAUUACGAUGACUGUGGCUCUUACCGCUUUGUGUCUGAGUUAAACGCGGAGGCUAAAAGUUUCAUCCCCCCUUUUGAACGAUACAAAAGAUACCGAACCUUAGCUCAGAUCGAGGAACUCAAAGAGUUCAAAGAAAAGGAGGCCAAAUUAGCGGCGCUCGGCAAGGGAAAUGAGCUGAUAAAGACAGAAGUUCUCUCCAAGUUGGUCGAGCCGCAAGUUGUGCCGGUCGCAGAGAAACCAACUAAACAAGAGAACGACGCGCAAGAUACCGCUGACCAAUCAGAAUCAAUCAAAACCGGGCAAAGAAAAAGGAAGAUUUCCAAUGAAACUGUAGAAGCUAAAAACGAAGAAACAGAUAAUAAUGUUAAAAAUAAAACAGACAAACAAAAUCAAAGCAAACCUAAAGCUCCCCCACAGAAGGAUGUCAAGAAGUUUGACUACAAGAACGCUGACUACCAGAAGUUCUUUAACGAUUCUGAGAAGAUGAAACAGAAGUUUACAAAACAAUCUAAACCUAGGUUUAAAAAGCAUAAGAAAUGAUUUUCCCUGUAAGUGAAAAUUUGUAUUCUAUAAAAUCUAAUAUAUAAGAUAUAUUUCUA